AUGGAUUCGGCGAAAUCAGCUGCAGCGUCUCGAUAUCUAAACAUCAGAUGCUAUUCCGGUCAAGCAGACAAUGCCUCAUCAGGCAUUUUGUCAUCAGGCACUGGCUCGGUAGCAGGCAUUGGUUCGGCAGCACAAAAUGGCUCGGCAGCAGGCAGUGGGUCGGCAGCAGGCGACGCAGCAGGCGAUGGAUCAGGCGACGGACUGAAGGGUUUGAACGAGGAGCAGCGAGCAGCGGUGGUGGCAUCGCCACACGGCUGCGUGCGCGUGGUGGCUGGUCCUGGAUCCGGCAAGACCCGCGUGCUCACACACAGGGUCGUGAAUUUGAUCAAGAACCUCGGAGUGCACCCCCGUAAGAUACUGUGUAUCACCUUCACCAACAGAGCAGCCAAUGAGCUUGUGACACGUCUCCAGGACCUCCUGUCUCCCGAGGCUGCUGCAGCUGUCCAUGUGGGGACCUUUCACGGCAUUGCAGCUCGCAUUCUCAGGCACGAGAUGCUUCCCUCUCUUCGCAACCGAAGAUGCUACAGGGACUACACCAUAUAUGACGAGGAUGAUUCACUGCGAGUGAUAAAGGAGAUUGAUAAGCAGGAGAAAGAAAGACUCGCUAAGAUCAGCCCAUAUCAGCCAGGGAAAUCCAAUUCAGCAGCAGCACGAGGAGCAGCAGCAGGAGCCAAUCCGGACGGCCUAUACGAGGCCAUGUCACAUCUCUCUCUCCAAUCAGGCGACGCCACGUCAGCAGCACAGGCAGCAGUGGCAGAAGUGCUGGGGGAUAGAGGGGGUGGGGGAGCGGGAGGAGAUGGGGUAGACGGGGAUAAGGAGGGAAACCGGUUGAAAAAUAUAAGGGAUGCGGUGUUGAGGUAUAAGGAGGGGGGGAUGAAAGAGGACAUGAGGGGGAGAGUGGGGGAGAGGAGGAGAGGGAGGUUCGAAGGGGAGUUGAGCAUAGGAGGCUCCAUUCCCAGAUACGCGAAGCUGUACGAGGACGAGCUGAGGCGGAGCAACGCGUUGGACUUUGACGACCUCACACACUUCCUCCUCGACCUCUUCCACACCCAGCCCCACGUGCUCAAGCUGCACGUGCUCAAGGUGAGCCCGCGUGCAAGCCCCUCCGACAUGCCCCUCCCUCCGACAUGCCCCUCCCUCCGACAUGCCCCUCCCUCCGACAUGCCCCUCCCUCCGACAUGCCCCUCCCUCCGACAUGCCCCUCCCUCCGACAUGCCCCUCCCUCCGACAUGCCCCUCCCUCCUGCAUGCCCCUCCCUCCCGCAUGCCCUGCCCCUCCCUCUCACGUGCCCCUUCCACGUGCCCCUCUUGUUGCUACUGGCAGAAAUACCAAGAGCGCUUUCAGCAUGUGUUGGUGGACGAGUUUCAGGACACGGAUUCGUUCCAGUACGAGAUAGUGCGGCUACUGACACUCAACUCCAAGCGCCUGUUCGUUGUGGGGGACAUUGACCAGUGCAUCUACUCCUGGCGCGGAGCAGAGUACCACUACCUGCAGCGGCUUUUAGACGAGGACUUUGAUGACGUCACCACGCUGCAGCUUCGCAGCAACUACCGGUCAUCCCAGAGCAUCCUGCAGGCAGCAAAUCGAGUGAUUCAGGGCGGACCCAGGGACAGGCGCGUUGGGGGAGGCACCCUGGAGCUCAAACCAACCAAGCCCCCAGGCCAUCCGGUGUUCUUCUCCUUCUUCCCCUCGUGCGCCAGUGAAGCCGCAACAAUUGCUGAGGAGAUAGAGAGUCUGGUUGACCCCGCUGAGCUCUCCCCCUGGCGGGGGCAAGCAGGCGCGAGGGGGGGCGCGGGGGGAUGGGCGAGGGGAGGGGCGGGGGCAGGGGGAAGGGCAUGGGCGGGGGGAGGGGCGAGGGAGGGGGCAAUGGGACGGGCGAGGGCAGGGGAGGGCGGAGGGGCGAGGGGAGGGGGAAUGGGAGGGGAGAUGGAAGGGGAGGUGGGAGGGGAGGGAGCAGGGGCGAGUGGGGGCUAUGCAUGGAGGGACUUUUGUGUGCUGUACCGCACACACGCUCAGGCCGUGCAGCUGCAACAGGGGCUGGCGGACCUCGCGAUUCCAUGCAUUGUCGUGGGCGGGAGCACUCUGUUCCAGAGGAAGGUGGGUUGCUGCUUUGAUGUGCCUCGUGUUGCCUGGGGGCCAAGGCAUCUCAGCCAAACAACACUCCAGCAGGGGCUGGCGGACCUCGCCAUCCCAUGCAUCGUUGUGGGAGGGAGCACGCUGUUUCAGAGGAAGGUGGUGAAGGAUCUCAUAGCAUACAUGAGAUUGGUCGCCAAUCCAGCAGACAGUGUUGCACUGGGUCGGAUAUACAACACGCCCUCCAGAGGCCUGGGGGCGAAGUCAUGGGCGACAGUGCAGCAGUGGGCUCAGGGCCUCGACUCCCCCACGGGCACUGCAAUCCUGGUACUCGUGCAUCUGCACGGCCUGUCUUUCAUCCAUUCGUCCAUCUUCCAUGCAUCCUCUUGCCAUCGUCCAUGCAUCCUCUUGCCAUCCUUCUUAUGUUGA